AUGGGCUCUGUUUCCCUUAAGAUAGGGGAUGGCACUGCUAGAUUCAGGGCCACCACCAUCUACUCCACCAUUCUUAACGCCAUAAUGCUCUUCUCUCUCCUCCUUACCAACCUCUUAGCUCUCUACACCUUCUCCUUCCCUGCUAAUCAAACCCCUUCUCUCUCUACCGCCCACCACCAGAAGAAUUUCUCUCUCAUCUCUCAUGAAGUGUCUCUCAUCCUCUCUGAAAUCAACUCCUCUCAGCACAAGCUGGCUCAGAUGCAGAAGGAGCUCAUUGGGUUCGAAACCCUAGAUCUCUCAGUUCCUGGUUUACCCUCUGAGCUCAAGCUUUACAUGGAAGCUCAGCCUUUGCCUUUAGGUAAGGACUCGAGAAUGGGGAUCACAGAGAUGGUUUCAGCAGUUGGGCAUGCCUGCGUAAACUCCAUUGAUCUUCUCUCUCUGUACAUGAAUUAUAAGCCAGGCCACCAAUGCCCAGAUGAUUGGGAUCUUGCUCAAAAGCUGAUGCUCAGAGGCUGCGAGCCACUACCAAGAAGGAGAUGUUUUUCCAGAUCAAUACCUAAAUUGGGUCUUUUCCCUUCUCUGAAAUCUCUAUGGAAAAUGGUUCCAGAGAGCUCGAUAAGCUGGAGCAGAUUCGCCUGCAAAAACUUCGAUUGCCUGAAGAAAACCCUAAAAGAUUGCCCCAAUUGCUUCGAUCUCAAUGCCGAGAAGAAGAUGUGGGCUGAUGCCAAGGAUAGGUUCGAAUUCCCGAUUGAUGAGGUGAUAGCUUUGGGUAAAGGGAGCUUGAAAUUAGGGCCUCGAUUUGGGUUCUGGUUCAGGUGGAUUUGCUGCUAA